AUUAAACCCUUUUAGCGAGGUAAAAGAAAAAAGAAAUUCUACCAAUUUUGAAACAAAUGUCGGGUUCCGGGUCAGUAGCACGAAUGCAAACCGGUUGACCGACUUAUUUGGGUCGAACUGAAAGCCCCCCAUUGCCAUCUUCCGGACAGAGAGCCCUGCAAAACAAGGUUGAAAAUACGGAAUCAUACUCUUUCCGUCUCUUCUCUUCUGCAACCGUCUGCUGUUUCCUUCCGUAAAUGGGUUCGAAUUAACUCCGUCGAAGAUUGGAUUGGCGAAAAUGUCGAAAUUUUUCGCGAGAAUUUCUGGCUACUUCAGCAACCGUGCUUCCGCUGGGGUGGACAAAGCAGGAAAUCGCUACUUCUCCAGAAUAGAAGAGAUCGAUGGCGUAACGAAAGAGAAAAGAUGGGUGAUAUUUAAAGGAGAUCAGGAUCCAACUUCAGUACCAGUUGAGUGGAUAUCUUGGCUGAAUGGACAGCGGAAGAAGGCUCCAACUCCCGAGGAAAUGAUGAUAUUAGAAGCAAGGCGUGAACAAGUCAAACAAAAUGUUGCUCUUCUCAAAAGGGAGGAAGAGGAAAGAAAAGCCAAGGAUGGCAGUUCCCGCAAAGUUGUUACCUCAGGUAAAGGUUCAGGCCCAGACUUGAAGAGUUUCAUGCGACAGUUUCCUACUUCCGGAGAAGGUGGUAUCGUAACUGAGAAGGAAGCAGAUGAAUCAGAAAGAUUGAGGAACGAGGAUCCAAAGACCGACGAAACUGAGCAAGAAGAGGCAGAAGGGGAACCUGUGCCACGGGGGUCAGAACCGACAGGAUCUGGAGCAACCUUCCGGCCGGGGACUUGGCAACCACCAACAUAAAUCUAUGUUUUCAGCCUGGUGUUUUACUAUUUUAGUCUCCCCGGGUUCUUAUAACACUUGUUUUCUGAUAAAAAUGAACUGAUAGUUCUACGUCAAGUUUGAUAUUCUCAAUCAUGCGGGGAUAUAUAGUUCUUCAGAACUCUGUAUCACAAACUGAGCACUGAGCGAAGAAGAUGAGAUGGCAUUACUCUUCUUUUCAUUUAACUUUUACAACUUCAUUGGUUGAGUUCAUAAGCUAUGCUUAUUACUCCAUGAAUCAAACUUCAAGGUUUUUUGCAAAGAGCAGCUGCAAUGCAGUGCAGCAACCAGUAGACUCGAUCCAUGACUUUUUCGUUAAUAUUAGCUUAAUGG